AUGUCGUACAUGUAUUUGUACGGCGCAUUCAAGCACUACGGCUUCUUGCCCUUUGUGAAGGAUAAGCCCAAGUUCCAAGGAGGGAUAACGCCUGCGACCUUUGCGUCAAAGAGGACGAAGAACACCACUAGCAACGACUACAAGAGCAACUUCGGCGCUGUUAGAGUUUGGAAAGGGUUCCAGUCAGUAGGAAGGGUUUCGGAUAACUCAGAGUCGCUGGGCGAGUUAAAGAGGAAUGAAGCCACUAUACAACUACCUGGUCGCGAGAAUAUUAGUGAAGUAUCCUUGAGGUCGGGAAAAAUCUACCAAAGCCCCAGCCAUCCUGCGAUAUCUCCAGCAACUGGUUCCGGACAAACCCGUGAGGGAGAGGGGGAAUCCAAUGUUGAAGAUCGAGCAAAAGAAAAAGGCAAGGAAAAUGUGGGAGGUGAAGCCUCGGAAGAAAGUCAGAAAGAAGAAGCUGAGAAGGUUAAGCCAUAUCCGUACCGCGGAAUGGUGACAAGAAGGAAAGAAGCCAUAAUCGAUGUGGCAAAUAUGUUCAAAGAUGUAGACGUGAAGGUGCCGCUUUUAACGGCAUUAAAAAUGCCCCCGAUCAGCAAAUUCAUUAAAGACUACCUGGCAGGGAAGGUCAAUGAGGAAGGGAGACUAGUUACAGACGAGAACGUCUCUGCCGUAAUCCAGAGAAGCGACCUCCCCUCCAAGAAAACUGAUCCUGGAAUGUUCACACUCUCUAUUUCUAUCGGAGACAUCCAGGUGGAGCACGCGAUGUGUGAUUUAGGCGCAUCAAUCAAUGUUCUGCCAUACUCCAUCUAUCGGAGGUUAGGAGCGGCCAAUCUCGUCGACACUGACAUAAUGAUACAGUUGGCCGACAGAUCGUGUAUUCACCCAGAGGGGAUUCUGGAAGACGUGAUUGUUAAGGUGAAUAACUUUCUAUGCCCAGCUGAUUUUUUUGUGAUCAAAAUGACGGAACCCGCGACAAAGGAGUCGAGUGGAGUCCUACUAGGACGACCGUUCCUGUCAACAGCCAGCACUAUUAUAGACGUCCGAAAUGGGAUGAUAAGCCUGGAUUUCAAGGGAGAGCAGUAUACGUUCAAUAUUGAUGAAGCCGUUAAAAAGCCAACUGACGGCGAAAAUGUAUACUCCAUAGAUGUGACUGAGCCCUUGGUACAGGAGUAUUUGGAGGAAGAAUUAUUAAAGAGACUGUUCACUGACUCCGCUGCAGAUAAGGUGGUCGAAAAAGAAGUGGAAGAGUGGUAUGAUACCAUGAAAGUCGGAGAUAUGGACGACCAGGCCGUCGUGAAAGCAAUAUCGGAAUUUUGCGGGCGCCCGAGGCCAGCUGGGUCAAGUAGGACAGCUCAAGUUUCUAGCUUAGCGAAACGGCUUGAUCAAGGCAAGACACUGGAACAAGAGGCAGCAGAGAACCCUCUGCCCAAUGAAGAGCCAAAACCCGCAAAGGAAUUGAAACCUCUUCCAGCACAUCUAAAGUACGCCUACCUAGGUGAGGGUGAAACAAUGCCCGUUAUCAUCAACAACCACUUGACCCAGGGGCAUGAAGACAGAUUGUUGGAAGUAUUAAGAAGAAAUCAGAAGGCUAUUGGCUGGAAGCUGACAGAUUUAGUGGGCAUCAGUCCAGACUUAUGUAUGCAUCACAUCCGGUUGAAGGAAGGAGCCAAGCCACACCGCGACCAACAACGGAAACUCAACCCCAACAUGAGGGCAGAGGUGCUGAAGGAAAUUGUCAAGUUGGUUUCAAUCGGAAUUAUCUAUUCCAUUCCCGACAGUAACUGGGUCAGCCCAAUGCACAUGGUGCCUAAGAAAGGAGGGAUUCAAGUGUUGGCAGGGAAACAAUACUUCGGCUUGCUGGAUGGUUAUAGUGGCUAUUUCCAGAUCACAGUAAAUCCAGAUGACCAAGAAAAGACGACAUUCACUUGCCCUUUUGGCACUUACGCUUACAGGAGGAUGCCCUUUGGCCUCUGCAAUGCUCCGGGCACUUUCCAGAGAUGUAUGAUGAGCAUUUUCUCGGACCUGUUGGAAGAUUGUAUUGAGAUCUUCAUGGAUGAUUUCACUGUCUAUGGGGAUGAUUUUGAUCAAGGGCUGCAUAGCCUGAACAGGGUGUUGGAAAGAUGCCGCCAGAAGGACUUAGUUCUGAACUUCGAGAAAUGCCAUUUUAUGGUUACUGAAGGAAUAGUUCUGGGCCACGUGGUAUCAAGCAGGGGAAUAGAGGUCAACCCAGCAAAGGUAGCAGUCAUUGCAAAACUCCCAUACCCUACUAACCAGAAGGAGAUCAGAGCCUUUUUAGGGCACGCUGGGUUCUAUAGGAGAUUCAUCAAAGAUUUCACAAAGAUAGCCCAGCCUCUAACAAGGCUUCUCCAGAACGAUGUGGAAUUUGAAUUCUCGGAUGCCUGUAAGGCCGUAUUUCAGUUUCUGAAGGACCGAUUGAUAAGCUUUCUAAUAAUACGUGCUCCCAACUGGAAUCACCCCUUUGAGGCACAAAAGAACUAUGAUGUGACCGAAAAGGAGAUGCUAUCAAUAGUAUUCGCAUUUGAGAAGUUUAGGCCUUACCUGCUUGGGUCCAAGUGGAUCAACCAAGCGGAAGAAAUUGCUCAAGCCAACAAAGGAAGCAAAGGACAAAACACGAGUAAGGAGCCAUGGUUCGCGGACAUAGCUAAUUACUUGGUAACGGGGGAGUUACCCAGAAGUGACGAAAUUUCAAGGGCACAGAAGUUAAAGCUUAAAAGCGAUUCCCGAUACUUCUAUUGGGAUGAUCCUUACCUAUGGAAAAUGGGGGCAGAUCAAGUAAUCCGACGCUGUAUACCAGAAUGGGAGCAGGAAGACGUAAUGAUCCACUGCCACACACUAGCUUGCGGGGGUCAUUUUAGGCUAAAGAAAACAACAAGGAAAAUACUUGAUAGUGGGUUUUAUUGGUCAUCCAUCCAUAGAGAUGCUUAUGAAUUCUGCAAGAAGUGCCCUCGAUGUCAACUUACUGGAGGAAUAUCUACUAGAGACGAGAUGCCUCAGAUCCCCAUUAUUGUCUGUGAAAUAUUCGAUGUAUGGGGAAUGGACUUCAUGGGACAAUUUCCCGCAUCUGAAGGUAAUCUCUACAUACUGGUGGCAGUCGACUAUGUGUCCAAAUGGAUCAAGGCGAAGGCAACUAGGACGUGUGAGUCCAAGGAAGUGGCGAAGUUCUUGAAAUCUAACAUAUUUACCCGAUACGGAGUGCCACGAGCUAUUAUCUCUGACUAA